AUGGGGCCACGUGUGUGCAUGUCUAGCAAGUUCUUGGAUGAUGCCAGCGCUGCCGACUUACAGACUCCGCCUACAACGACAGGAAACGCCGAAUCUCAAGCCCCAGACGUCCUGACUCGUGUGCUUCAGGUCAGCAAGGUCUUCAGACCAUGGGUCAUGCAAGAGGCUGACCGCAUCCCCCUGACAGGCCUUCCGUGGAAAGGCACUGAGACCUUUUUGGGCCUGCAGUCUCCACACCCGCAUGUGGGGGUAUCUCAGAGCUUGGGAAGAAAAAUUCACGCCAGCACUGGUCAUUCAUGUCCGGGAAGGGCCCCGAGCCUGCCCCGGACCACUCGGAGCACCAAGCCAGGAGAGGGAGCCCUGCAGCGCCCGCCGGAGCUCGGAGCCCACCCGGGUCCUCCAUCUCACAAGGAGCAUCCAGGCCUGGGUCCAUCCCCAGUCCACACGCGCUCCGCACUGUGGCGCCCCCUGGUGUCCAUCCAGGGGUGGCGUGCUUCUCUGACCCUGUGUGACCAUACCAACAGGACACCUGCAACCUUGUUUUUUCUGCUCACAUCCGAAGCCUCAAGGCCGUCACGGGGCUCUCCAGCAGAUGAAACGGAGAGAGAGAGGCCCCUGAGAGAUGCCUUGGAGAGGCGGCCAGCCCGAGACGACAGAGCUGUCCAUGCUCCAGCUCCGGAUCUGCAGUUUCUCGGCCAGAGGCGCGAUGCGCAGCAGCUGCGUGCUCCUCUCGGGAGCCCCGUGCAGCGCGGUGCCUGCGCUCAGGCUCAGGAAAUGAAGGACGGGCAAACUCCGCGGAGGGAACGCGGCACCGACGCCCCACGCCCCGCCCCCCCCGGGGCUGAGUCACACCCCAGGUCUGCGGGAGGGGCCCGGGCUGCUCGGAGGAGGACAGGCAGCGGCUAUAGGAGCCCCCAGACUAAGGCAGUAGACAAAAGAGCAAACUAGCCGCUAAAGGCCAGGCCCCAAGUGCCAGAGUCAUCAGUCCCUGAGCAGGCGCAAGCUGAGCUCUCAAGACAUAUGAAGCCCCUGCAGAAAUGGGAAGGAGCACACAGCCUGCAGCCGAAGGAAGGAUGCUGGCUAACACCA